GAUUAAUCUAUUCUUAGAAAAACUGGAUUUUCCAGCUCCAUCAUCAAUGAUACCAAAAAGUGCCUCAUCAAGUUUGGAGGAUUCACCAUAUCUGCAUCGUCCACCAGAGAGUAGCUAUGGAGGAAUUAGCAUCGAACUUGCCAUCAAGUCCAAAGAACUAUCCCGGUACCUACGGCAGCGCGAUUGGGGAAACGUGGUGCGACUAUGCAAAGAGUGUCCAGAGCUUUUGAGUAAAGGGACGGAAAGCUCGAAGGACACGGCCUUGCAUAUUGCCAUCAACGACGACAGAGGCAAUAUGGCGGAGACAUUGGUGGAUAUAAUCAGAACUCACAGAAUAGAGAAGGCUCUGAUAGCACAAAACAACAGGGAAGAGACCCCCUUGCAUUGCGCAGCAGCCAGAGGGUCUGUGCAAAUGUGCAAACUGAUCCUCAAGGCAAGCGACGAUAUGGAUAUGGACAAGGAUUUGCUGUUGAGUAAAACUAACAAAUGGCAUGAGAACCCGAUCUUCGUGGCGGUUGUCCACAACCAUAAACUUGCCUUCCAAUGCCUCUGCGAAGCAUUCCCAGACGGAGAAGUCUUCACAUUCUUGUUUGGAGGCCCUGACGGAGAUACUAUCCUUCACUCCGCCAUUAGGAGAGAACACUUGGAUUUGGCAUUUCAAAUAAUCCAAAAGUUUCCGGAGCUUUCUUGCCACUUUAACCAGAAGGGAAGGAGUCCUCUUGAAGUCCUUGCAAGAACACCUUCUGCUUUUAGAAGUAGCUACAACCUUUCCUGGUGGAAGCAAAUCAUAUACUUUUGCAUACAAGUUGAUCCGCUGAAAUAUGAUCAUCACUUACAUGGAUUAGAGAAGGAAGAAGGGGAAUCAGCAAUCCCAAAUAAGCAUGUUUUGAAUAAAAGCUUUCCACAAAAUUAUGCUACAUGUUUUGAGUUUCUAGCCUUUGUCUACCUACAUUUUCUUGGCGUGUUAGGAUUUGGGAGGAUAUUUACCGACAUAAAGAAAGUGAAGCAAAAUUAUAAAUGGAGUCUUCAGCUAUUGGAUGAACUCUUGGAAAAGUCUUCUAAUGAAGAAUACAUGAAACAUGGGAAUGACCUGGAAUCCGCUUUCCCUGAUGAAUCUGAAACGUUUCCAUUUGCUAGAAAUCAAUCUGAUGACGCGGUCAAAGGCAAUAAGGUUGAGAGAAUAAAUAAUAAAGCCCUGUUGGCAGCAACAAAGAACGGCGUGAUUGAGGUGGUGGAUGAGAUUCUACGCAGAUUCCCAGGAACGAUCUCGGAAGACACCUUAGGAUCAUCGGACAAGAACAUAUUGAUGGUGGCGGUGGAGAAUCAGCAAGCAGAGAUCUUCGUGGCACUUCGGCAGCACGUGACCAAAGUAUUAGGGAAGCCUAACCUGUGGAGGGACCUCGUUCAUGACGUCGACGAAAAGGACAACACCAUUUUGCAUAUAGCAGCAAAGUACGACGAAUCCUUGUCUCAUGGUUGGCAAGCUUAUGGCUCUGCCAUGCAGCUGCAAUGUGAAAUCACCUGGUACGAGUAUGUGAAAUCAUUUCUGCCAUCCCACUUCCUUUUCCUUGAGAACAGUGCUGGUCAAACUCCGGUGCAGAUCUUCACUAAAGGCCAUAAAGAUCUCGUUGAAAAGGGCAGUACAUGGCUUAAGGAUACGUCUCAGUCUUGCUCGGUGGUGGCGGCGCUAGUGGCCGGAGUUUCCUUCGCGUCGAGAACAGUCCCCGGAGGCACGGACAACAAAGGUAAACCUACCUUGGAAGGACAUCCAGCAUUUGACCUUUUUGCUAUCAGCGGACUCAUGGGACUAGGAUUCUCGGUCACUGCACUGGUCAUGUUCCUCUCCAUACUCACAUCUCGAAAACAGCCUAUAGAUUUCAAAAGGAAUCUGCCAUUUAAGCUUCUCUUAGGGUUGAGCUCGUUGUUUGUGUCGAUCGUGUCCAUGUUCAUAUCAUUCUGUGCUUCACAUUUCUUCGUGCUUGAGGACAAGUUCAAGAAAGGACUGUUUCCUCUUUAUGCUGUCACUUGCCUUCCUAUUUCCUUCUAUGCAAUCGCUCAGUUUCCUCUUUACAUGGAUCUCUUGAAAGCCGUCAUCAAGCACGUUCCUCGGUCACAAAAAUAUGUUGAGUUAUGAACGAUCUGGGGAAUCUCUUCCCUCCUUUUUAUUGUUUUUUCAUGAAUUUUAUGUUUCCCAAUAAGUUUGAUUAUAUUUAUUGUCUUUCUCCAACAUUAUUUUAUUGGAUUUUUGAGGUGUCAGAAAUUUCAUCUAAUUCUCUUCUGAAUGAAA